ACACAUCCCUUCCUUUCGUCAUGUUCAACAACAGCAGCGUCGUUCCUUACUUCCCUUCGCACGCAACCGGAGACGCGGCACAGGCCAGCGCGCCAGGUGACUUGACUCCGUUGCCGGUCUGUCCUGGAACAUCGCGUUCCGUCCAAAGCAGCUUCAAUGCAAACACUACCAUCAGCGCCAAGUGCAACAGCUGCCAGGACGCCUUCAUGUUUCCUAAGGUACUCAACUGUCUGCACGCCUUCUGCAAAUUGUGCCUAGAAAAACAACAGACAAGUCCCGACAAGUUGAAGUGCCCGCAGUGUUUACAGGAGACAACAUUACCAGCCGAAGGCAUUGCCGGACUUUUCUCAAACUAUGCCACAUCAAUCAUCCUCAAAACCUUGGUGCUCGAUCAUUCAUGUCUCACAUGCACGGCUUGCAAACACACAGCUGUUCCUGCAGUUGCACGCUGCCUUGAUUGCGUCCAUUACAUAUGUUCUAAUUGUGUAAUGGCGCACCAAUUCAUGCAUUGGCUACAAUCCCACCGCGUUCUCACAUUGGGUGACAUCCAGAUCUAUCCAAACAACCUCCGAAAAAACGACCAAGCGGUACGUUGUUUUCGCCACAAGAAUGAGGCUCUUCAGUUCAUCUGCAGGACAUGCAACGUUUCUGUUUGCCGGGAGUGCGCAGCGUUCGAGCACCCGACGAGCACGCACAACCUCAUGGCUCUUGUCGAUGUGAGGCAAAAGCUCACCGAAGGUCUCUCAUUCGUCAUCAGCAGUACUAAAAUGAAGGCCAACAACCUUCUCAGCUCUGUGACCAGCAUAGAAACAAUUUUGAGCCGGCUACACAUCCAUUACCGUAAGGCUCAGACUGAUAUUAGCAGCUCCUUCGAAGCUUGGAACGAGACUGCACUGGAACAGAGCAAACAAGAAAUCCUGAUAGACCUGGAAAAUACCUAUAAUAAAAAGCUUAUGUUCAUGAAGCGCCUGGGCAAGAAAGUGCAGGAGAGCUUGUGCAAUAUCGUCAAAGUUUGCGUCACUGCCGAAAGGCUAGCAAACUUCUCCUUUACAAACAAGGAGUUAAUAGAUUUUCAACAACUGCUGGAUACAGAUUUCCAGGAAAUAAUGACAUUCAACCCCGAGACACACUUGCAGGACAUGGACGUGGUGUUCGUGCCAAACUUCACGGCCCUGCAAGUGAGCAUCCGAAAUUCCUUGGCGUGUGCCCAGCAGCGCUCCGAAGUCCUGGUGCGUGGAGCGUUCUCACGACCACAUAUCAAAGCCCCUACCACGGACAGUCCUUCUAACGCACCAUCGAGCACAUCAUUAAUGCAUGAGCGCACCUACUGCAGUCGUUCAAGUUCUACUAGCAAUGACCCAUGUUCUACGGAACUCUUCCCUUCAGCAGAAAAAUUGUCCACGGUACCAAACCAAACACUUCCAUCUGGACCUCACCCUUCGGAGCCCGUCGUUAACGUGGUGCGCAGUCCAUUCGCCUGGAGUAACAUCCCGCAUACCAAGUCCGCAAUAAAGCGCCAGAAAAUUAUCUACCACAGCAAGUUCGGAGAGUUCGGCGUCAGGGAGGGUCAGUUCACGGAACCGUCUGGAGUAGCGGUUAAUGCUCAAGGCGACAUUGUCAUAGCCGACACCAACCGACAUCGAAUCCAGGUGUUCGACAGAGGCGGCAGAUUCAAGUUACGCUUCGGAGAGUGCGGCAGGAGGGACGGCCAACUGCAUUAUCCAAACCGCGUUUUUGUCGUUCGCGCUUUCGGCGACAUCAUAGUGACCGAGCGAUCUCCAACGCACCAGGUUCAAGUUUUCAACCAGUAUGGACACUUUCUGCGAAAGUUUGGCUCCUCAGUCUUGGAGCAUCCGCGUGCAGUCACUGUCGACAGCAAACUGCGUAUCAUCGUCGUUGAAUGCAAAGUAAUGCGCGUUAUCAUCUUCGACCUUUGGGGGAACAUCUUGCGUCAGUUCAGCUGUUCCGAGCACCUCGAGUUCCCGAACGGUGUCGCAGCGAAUGACAAGGAGGAAAUUUUUAUCUCUGACAAUCGAGCCCACUGUGUGAAGGUGUUCUCCUACGAAGGUGCACUCCUCCGUCUCAUUGGUGGAGCUGGAGUAACCAACUAUCCCAUAGCAGUGUGCAUCAACAAAAAUGGUCAUCUGGUCGUGUCUGACAAUCACCACUACUUCCACAUCACUGUGUUUACGCAAGACGGUCAUCUCGUGAGCGCCUUCGAAAGCCACGUGAAGCACGCACAGUGCUACGACGUAGCCCUCAUGCACGACAACUCCGUCAUACUUGCUAGCAAGGACUGCAAACUCUAUAUUUAUCGCUAUGACCAGUCAUUGUUCUGACGCUAGUAUCUGUGGCGUUUCUGUGUUCGUGGCAAUUAUUUCUGUUGGUACCCUUGGUUUUGCAUGAUGGGAUUGGUACACGCGCAAUUGGUGCAAUUGCUCUAGGUGGUACACACGCACACAUAAAAAAAGAAGCGUGCCAGCGAAGGUUUGAACCUAACUCUCUGGCAGUCAUUAGAUUUUUGUUGAUGUCAGUUACUUUCUGAGGUUCUGUGUUGUGUUGGAGCCGGCUCUGCUCGUUUACCUGUCUGUUAAAUAAUUGUCCACUUGCUAAACAGAAAUCUCGUUUCAAGAACAACUGUUUUACUUCUGCUAGAAUUCAAGAUGAAGCCAUCUUCAGAGGCGCGUUCGUAGUGUAGACAACUUCUUUCCAGAUUUCCUUCAGUUCAUGUUUACGCUUAUGGAUAAACUGCAAUAAAGGCUGGCUGGCUGGGCUAGAUU